GAAAAGUUAUUGGUAAAAAGAAAAGUCAGAGGCGGCAAAGAAAUACUCCAGAGUUUCCAGCCAUCUGCAUCUAUUCAAAGACGAACAAAGGAAGAGAAGUACACUAUCGAUGAGAGCCAAGGUUCGAGGCCAAUGAAUAGAGCCAAGCUCCUAUUCGCCAGCAGGUCACAAUCUUCUUCUAAUCUUUUUCAAGCUUCAUCUUUAUCAUCUUUUUAUCUCGUAUUCUCCGAGUAUUCAACCACAAAUUCUAAUGGAGUUGAAUUAGAUUCUUUUCGUGAGAAUCGUAGAAAAAGCCCAAAUUAGAUUCUUCACUGGCUCUCCGAGUAUUCAACCCCAAAUUCUAAUGGAGUCGCCGCCGGGAGCGUAACUUUUACAAAGCAACGAAGAAUGACAAAGUUGGGCUCCAGAGUUAGGGUUCUCUGCUUCUAAUUCAUCGUUAUCCCCAGAUUCGUCGCUCAACUCACUCCAGACAAAGCGGAACAAACUUCUUUCCCAGUGAUUUCAUUUUUCAACGAUCGACUGCUCCCCUGGUGCAUUCCGCAAAAUUUCAGAAACGUAGGAAAACAUGGCGGUGACAUCUCUGGGAAAGCUAUUUAAGAGUGGACCUGACCUUGUUUCCUAAGUAAGUAUGAAUCGUGCUUUUUGAUGUUCUACCGUCCAACCAAUUAGUUGUUUAAUUACAAUGCUCUACUUUAACUUCCAUUAGAAUAUUUAAGGAUGUGAUUGUUUUUUAGUUUGGACUUUGGGUGCAGAUACUUUGUAAAAUAGAUUUGGUCAAUUAUAUGACUUUGAAGUACAUGCUCAUUCGAUGUGUGUACUAGAGGUGAGGUCUGCACUACCACCAAGAGAAAUUUGGGAAAUUUCUCUUUUAUAUGUAUUGUUUGUCCCUAUGAUUCAGUUUGAUAAGUUAUUAUCCAGUAUCAUUGAGAAAAUGAUGAAAUGAUUGAUUUGGUACAUCUGUUGCUUUAUUAUCAAGUUAUUAUAUAGCCUUAUAGCCUUCAUCCCAGACACUUAAAUUUCAGAUGGAUGACUAGCAAUCGCUCACUUGCUUCUAAUAUAAAACAACCUGUCUAAGACAAUGUGAUUUUAAAAUGGGGAAAGUUUUACAUCCCGCAGACAUUCAGACGCAGAUAUGCUUUUGAUGUUAGGUGAUUCUUUUACUUUUUUCUUGACCUUAUUUUUUAAUGCCUUUGGUUUCCUUAAAGUAAGUGUAAUCUACUUUGUUACAAGUGUCUCCCAUUUAUCUGUGAGUUGGUUUAAUCUUUAAACAGGUCGUUAGAGAUGAUAUUCAUUUUCCUCCAAGCAAGUUCUUUUACUCUAAGGUAGAGUUUGAUUAUGUAUAAAUAACUUAAUUCUAUAGUUUGGCUAUAUGCAGUACAAGUGGUGUUCCGUGUUCGGUAAGGUGAGAAGAACUGACAAACUAAGUUGGUAUCUCCUAACUUUCUUUUUGGGAUUCCUAAUACGAAGAUGCCUGUUGGUAUUUAGUCAACCUUGUUCUCAACACCUAUAUAAUUUUCAAUUCUUAGUUUUUUCAAGCUUAAGAACUAAUUAUAUGCUUUUAAUGCCAUAACAAUUGGCAAAAGCUUUAAAAGGUAUCAUGAUGCAACAAUAGUAGAUUUGAUAUAUUUCAGCUACUCGGAAGACAUGAUAGGAGAUUGACUUUUGGUUUUGUAUGAUUCUGGUGGAGUUAGCAAAUGACCAUGAUGUGUUGUCUUCUCAACGCCAUAGUUGUGAUUUGUUGCAAGUAGAAAUGGGGUGCUCCUAAAAGUGUAGUAUUGUAGUGUAGCAUGUUGUAAAAAAAUAUUGGUAUCUGACUCUAUAAAUGUUUUGUACUUUUGUAUUACAAUUUGAGUAUUAAAAGAAACGUUGAUUGGUUUGGUUAUUUAUCAUUAGUUGUUGAUCU